AUGAGCAGUGGAACGGGCUAUAUUGGCUCAUUCACCGCACUGGCUCUCCUCGAGGCGGACUACAAAGUUGUCAUUGUUGACAAUUUGUACAACUCAUCCCAAGAGGUCGUUAACCGCAUCGAGCUCAUAUGCGGAAAGCGUCCAGCUUUCUACAAGCUUGACGUUACGGAUGAAGCCGCUCUAGACAAAGUAUUCGAUGACCACCCUGACAUUGAUAACGUCAUCCACUUCGCUGCUCUAAAGGCUGUGGGCGAGUCUGCCGAAAUUCCAUUGGAGUAUUACCGAACAAACGUAUAUGGUAGCAUUGCCCUUCUUCGUUCUAUGACGAAGCAUAAUGUAUCCAAUAUUGUCUUCUCUUCGUCCGCCACAGUCUACGGGGAUGCAACCCGUUUCCCAAAUAUGAUCCCUAUCCCGGAGCAUUGUCCCAUAGGCCCCACCAACACCUACGGCCGGACCAAGUCCACUGUUGAGUCCGUGAUCACAGAUCACAUCGAGGCCCAGCGAAACAACGCCAAGAAAGCGGGAAAGUCAGGUGAACAAUGGAAUGCCGCCCUGCUGAGGUACUUCAACCCAGCGGGCUCUCACCCCAGUGGUAUCAUGGGCGAGAAUCCAUUAGGCGUUCCAUACAACCUUCUCCCACUUCUCGCUCAGGUGGCUAUUGGCAAGCGAGAGAAGUUACUUGUGUUCGGAGACGAUUACAAGUCCAAAGACGGGACUGCCAUUCGGGACUACAUACAUGUGCUUGAUCUUGCUAGGGGUCAUUUGGUUGCUCUCAACUACCUCCGUGAGCAUCAUCCCGGUGUAAAGGCAUGGAAUCUGGGUACUGGUACUGGAUCCACCGUGUUCGACAUGAUCAAGGCCUUCAGCAAAGUCGUUGGCCAUGAUCUCCCUUUCCAAGUCGUGGAACGCCGCCCUGGUGAUGUCCUAGACCUCACGGCCAACCCAACCCUAGCUAACCAGGAACUGAAGUGGAAGACAGAGCUUACGCUUGAGGACGCUUGUCGUGACCUCUGGAAAUGGACGGAGAAUAACCCGGAGGGAUAUAAUCAAGAUCCCCCCAAAGCGUUUGUCGAUGCGCUCAAGAAGCAGGGCUAA